GCUGCCUUCCGACAACAACAGUGGCCGCACGUGACGCAGCGCAUCAACCCUCGCGCUCAUGGCUGCCGUCUUCCUUCUCCUCGUCGCCUUGGCGUCUCCCGCUGCGGCUCGUUACACGCCCGACUGGGCGAGCCUGGACGGCAGACCGCUGCCCUCUUGGUACGACGAGGCCAAGCUGGGCAUUUUUGUCCACUGGGGCGUGUUUUCAGUGCCCGGCUUCGACAGCGAGUGGUUCUGGUGGCACUGGCAGGGUCAGCAGCCGCCCGACCCGAAGUGCGUGAGCUACAUGUCCAAGAACUACCCGCCCGGCUUCAGCUACCCGGAGUUCGCCCCUCACUUCCGCGCUCAGUUCUUCAACCCGGAGGAGUGGGCGGACAUCUUCAAAGCCUCUGGCGCAAAAUAUGUUGUCCUGACUGCCAAACACCACGAAGGAUUCACCAACUGGAGGUCUCCGUACUCCUGGAACUGGAACUCUGUGGACACGGGUCCUUACAGGGACCUGGUGGGAGAGCUGGGGGACGCAGUGCGCAACAGAUCGCUGCACUAUGGCCUCUACAACUCCUUGUAUGAAUGGUUCAACCCCCUGUACUUGGAAGACAAGAAGAACGGAUUCAAAACCCAAAAGUUUGUGAUGCAGAAACUGCUCCCUGAGCUCUACAACAUGGUCGUAAGGUACAGACCUGAGGUGAUCUGGUCCGACGGCGACUGGGAAGCACCCGACGCCUACUGGAACUCCACCCAGUUCCUGGCGUGGCUCUACAACGACAGCCCGGUCAAAGAUGCUGUUGUGACCAAUGAUCGAUGGGGAGCCGGCUGCGCCUGCAAACACGGUGGCUUUUAUAACUGCGAGGACAAAUACACCCCAGGACAGCUGCCCAAGCACAAGUGGGAGAAGUGCACAUCUGUGGACACUUUAUCCUGGGGAUACCGUCGAAACAUGAAGCUCCAAGAACUGAUGGACCUGCCUGCUAUUGUUUACGAUCUGGUCAGCACGGUGGCUCUCGGAGGUAACUAUCUCCUCAACGUGGGUCCCACAGCCGAUGGGACCAUCCCCCCAGUGUUUGAGGAGAGGCUGAGGGGGCUGGGGGCGUGGCUUGAAACCAAUGGGGAGGCCAUCUUUGCCACCAAACCCUGGAGAGUCCAACUGGAAAACGCCACUGUGCCAGUGUGGUAUACCUCAAAAGGUCCAACAGUCUACGCCAUUAUAACAGCCAGACCCCCAAUGAGCACGCUGAAGCUGUCGAUCCCCAAAACAUCAGCAGCAACUAAGGUGACCCUCUUGGGAACUCCAUCGCCGUUACCCUGGGCUCCGGUCUACCCCAAUGCAGGUCUCACCAUCCUGUUACCUGAGCUACCCUCCACUGCCGCUCAAGCAUGGGCACUCAAACUGGACGCUGUGCAGUGAAAUUUCAAAUCAAAGCAUUUUACACUCUAAGGCCUAAUAUAUUAAAUGCAAUUCAUGUUUUUA